AUGGAAGAAAUGUUUGAUUCCUUCCUCAAUGAGGAUGGACCACGAGCUCUUGUUGAUGAGGAGCCAGCAUCCCUCUAUGAUUGCGACCUUGCGUUUUCCUGAAAGCCAACUAAUGAUCAAUAUCUCCAUAUGGAUCAAGAAGCCCAGGGUUUAAAUCAAUUUGUAAAAUUGCUGUCAAAAGAGAAUCGUGACUAUCUCUCGUAUCUUCUGUCGUCAACCCCAGUAACUCCAUCACGUCGGCUUCCCUAUGGUGAGGUAAAAAAUACUGAUAUGCAAAAACAUCUCCGCCAUGUACUUUUGCUGAUGGCAGGGGUAAUUUCUAAAGGAGACCCUCAUAAUCUUAUAAUUGAUACAACUGAAAAUAUAAUUAAAAUAAGACUUCGCUCGAAUUUUCUGGUCGCCCCGGCAGAAAAUUAUAAUUAUAAGAUUUAGUUUCCCUGGCAAUAUUAUCCCAGCUAAGCAAAAGCAGGAUGGUUUUUCCCACCGAACUCAUUACCUUAGGGAAUGAAAUUUUCCAGAAGGGCGCCACUUACCCAGGCGGCGGAGAGUUAGACCUUUAGGGGCUUUGAAGACAGCUAUGGUCGAAUAAAUCUGGUAGUGGACGUUAAACGUGUAUAUUAAUUAAGAUUAAAGUACAGCUGAAGAUUUACAAGUCGCCAGAAAUUUCAGCAUUGAAGACCCAUACGACCAAACCAAUAUGAGAAAACGCAGACGACAAGCAAAUACCGGAAAUAAAGAAGAUUUAGCUACAAGACUACUUGAAAAUCUUGCACUUGCGUACAAGAAAAACUGCAAAAAAAGGUCUGAAAAGAAAAGAAUUCUGUCGAUUUCUGCUAAUGAGAUCACAUAUUCCGAAGGAAGAAGACUAUACGGAUGUGGCCCAGUGCAAUUUUCAGAAGCGAAAAAACAUUAUAACAAAUUUGGACCUUUUGCUGACAUAAAGCCGAAAGCUUGUCCUGACAAAAUCGUUUGCACAACUUUUGCAAAAAGAUUUGUAGGGAUUGAUCCAGAGAUUAUAUGGAAGGAAUUUUGUAUGAGCCACACUGCUGUGGCGAAAAGAAUAGGCAGAUAUAGGAAUUUGUAUUAAAUUUAAAAAAUUUUAACUCCCCCCCCCUCCGUGAGUGAACAAAAAAAUUUUGUUCACUCACGGAGGGGGGUUAAUUUUUUUUUUUAAAAAAAAUUUAAUAUAAAUUUUAUAAAAAAUAUUUUUUUUCGAAAUUUAAAAAAAUCCUAAUUCGCAAAAAUUGGAAAGCAAAUAUUAAUUUAAUUUAGAAAAUUUAUGUUUUAAAGAGCAAUUCGUUUAAAAAUAAAUAGAAUCAGCUCUAGAUUUCAUUAUACUAAUUACCAUUUAUAUAUUAAAAAUUUUUUCCAUAAAAAAUUUUUCUAUUAAAAAAAACUUUUGUUCACUCACGGAGGGCUGGUUUUUGGGCAAAAAAUAGCGAUUUUUCUAAUGGUUUUGUUCACUCACGGAGGGGGGGAGUAAGAAAAUAAGGGAAAAUUUUGUAUUCAGGGAAAAAAUGUAUAUACUUUUAUGGACGCUUUAAGAGGAAGUCAUGAAUCUCAUGAGAAUUCUUGGGACUCUGUAGGAGAUAUGCUAGCUGACCUAGAUAAAGAAGAAGAAACAAAAUUCUUUGAUGAAGAUAUUGAUAUGCAUUAA